CUGGAGGCUUUCCCUCUCAAUCUCCGCUGUCAGCGCCAUCGAAGCCAUUCUUCGUCUGGCCACUUCAUUGGAAUCCUCCUAGGAAGAGAAAUGAUCAUUUCUUUCCUGUAAUCCCCCGAAAAGCUUCAUUCAGUGAUCGCCGGCGAGCGGAGAUCUUUAUCUCCGACGAAUUCCUUCUGUUAUUCGGUUUUCUGUUUCUAUGGCUUCGGAGGAUGUCAAAACUAGUGAAGCCACCGUGACCAAGUUUGUCAAUCUGGCGGAGGAGGCGAAGCUCGCUAGAGAAGGUGUAAAGGCUCCCAGUUACGCAUUUGCGAGCAUCUGCAAGUCCUUGGUAGCCGGCGGAGUCGCUGGGGGAGUGUCACGAACUGCUGUUGCUCCAUUGGAGCGGUUGAAAAUUUUGCUACAGGUCCAGAAUCCCCAUAACAUUAAAUACAAUGGAACUUUGCAAGGCCUCAAGUACAUUUGGAGAACUGAAGGUUUCCGUGGACUGUUUAAAGGAAAUGGAACUAAUUGUGCUCGUAUUGUUCCUAACUCUGCUGUGAAGUUCUUCAGCUACGAGCAAGCUUCCAAAGGCAUACUGUGGCUAUAUCAGCAGAAAACUGGAAAUGAGAAUGCUCAGCUAACUCCUGUUUUGCGUCUUGGAGCGGGAGCAUGUGCUGGAAUUAUUGCUAUGUCUGCAACUUAUCCCAUGGACAUGGUCCGGGGCAGGAUAACUGUGCAGACCGAGAAGUCUCCUUACCAGUACAGAGGAAUCUUUCACGCCCUGUCAACUGUUCUCAGGGAAGAAGGCCCGCGUGCUCUGUACAAGGGAUGGCUUCCUUCAGUCAUUGGAGUUAUUCCUUAUGUGGGUCUCAACUUUGCUGUGUAUGAGUCUUUAAAGGAUUGGUUAGUUAAAUCCAAACCACUUGGUCUAGUUCAAGAUUCGGAGUUGAGUGUGACAACUCGGCUAGCAUGUGGUGCUGUAGCUGGAACUGUUGGACAAACUGUUGCUUACCCGCUUGAUGUCAUUCGUCGAAGAAUGCAAAUGGUGGGUUGGAGCCAUGCUGCUUCUGUGGUAACGGGUGAUGGAAGAUCCAAGGUACCACUUGAAUACACUGGCAUGAUCGAUGCUUUUAGAAAAACUGUUCACCAUGAGGGAUUUGGAGCACUGUACAAGGGUCUGGUACCCAAUUCUGUAAAGGUUGUCCCAUCCAUAGCAAUAGCUUUUGUUACAUAUGAGGUGGUCAAGGACAUUUUAGGAGUAGAGAUCAGAAUAUCUGACUAGAGUGGCACUGGGGUAGUAUUUUUGUAGUCAAGGGGAUGCAGAGAUGGCAAGAUUAGGAGUAUCGCUACUUUUCCAUCUGUCUAGGGAUCGGUAUAGAAGUUCUUUUUGAGCUAGUAUGCAUAAAUUUACUCCCUCGAUUUUGUAUUUUCCUUUGAAAAUGGUGUAGCUUCCUGUUUCUUACUUGUCUUCUAUGUCAAUAAAUGCUGCCAAAGAACAAUGCAAAGAGCAUAUCUGCAAGGAUUUCUACGAGAAUCAAGAAAGCUAUUUUACCAGUAUAACCAUCUGUCACUAGUUAACGAACCCUCCUUUUUCCCAUCCUAAAGGUCUUGACAUUUGUGGUUAUGGAUUAUUAUUAACAUGUUGAGCAAUCAUAUUCACGUUA